GUCCCCGAGGCUUGCUGCUCCAUUAAAGUUGCGAGCAGCGUGGAGCCAUCUGUCUGCAGCUUUCCCAUGCUCGGUGGGAUCCCAUGGAGCAGCGUUUCCUGCAAUUUCAGUCACAGAUGGAGUCUGGUCCCCGGAGGGAGGAUUGCUGCUUCCCACAGGGCGACGGUAAUACCGGCGACCGUGAGCUCUGUCCCUUCCCACCCCACCACUCGGCCGCAGAGCAGCGGCGGGUCCCGGAGGAACACGUGGAGAGUGAGGCUUGGCGAGCAGAUCUGACCUUGCUGAACCCUGUUGGUGCCCCUGCUGUGGAAUACUGGUCUGAACUCUCCCAGAAACACACUUCUUGUGAGUCAGUCAAGGCUGAAGUGGAUCAGAUAGAGAAUGGAGGUGCCACCUCCUGCUGUCUGGUGGAUGAGACCCCCCACUUUCUGCUGUCUGAGGCAGACUCCCAGGAUGGUUUGGGAAGCCUCAAUGCCAGAGGAAACCCUUGGCUGGAUCCUGUAAAGGAAGGCAGCUCAAAUGUGCAAUCCGUAUCGAAGAAAUACAAGGGUCGCACGACUUUCACUGCUGAACAGCUGCGGGUUCUGCAGCAACGUUUCCAACUGCAGAGAUACGUCUCUGCGUCAGAACGACAGGACCUGGGAAAUGCACUGGGGCUGAGCAGUCAACAGGUGAAAACCUGGUUCCAGAAUCGCCGUAUGAAAGUGAAACGGAUCCUGAAGGAACCAGUCGAUGGCCCUGCAGUCACUUUCCUGCCAACGGACCUGUCACAAAAUAACCCUGUGGUCUUCAGGAAUCCACCUGAUUAUAUGAAGCAACAAUUUCGCAGCUACCUACUGCCCAGACAGCUGAUGCCUGCCCCCACUCAGCAGUGGCCUGCACCUGAGUCAGUGUGCCCUGCUUUGGGCAAUUUCCAGUCCACUGUCAUUAAAAGUGCCUUGCAGUAUACAAACCAAUCUGUCAACUUCUCCAUUAAGAAGGAAGCAAUUGCCCUCUCCUCCCGACCAGAGACAGAGCUAGGGAACUGCUCAGUGUCUUCCUGCAGUUCCACUGGUCCAGUGGAGCACUUCUCCCUGCAACAGGUCUUCUCCAGACCUGGCCAUGCCCUACAGGCAGUCUCCAGACCUGGCCAUGCCCUACAGGCAGUCUCCAGACCUGGCCAUGCCCUACAGGCAGUCUCCAGACCUGGCCUCAGCCAGCAGGGAGUCUCCAGACCUGAGUUCAGGCAGAAGGCUCACUCUUUUGUCUAUGAGAGGUACAAACCUGCAGAGAACCAAGCUGAGUACGAGAAAGUGAUUAUUUCCUAGGGCGAGCUGCCACCUGGGGUGAAUCUCAUUUUGUAAUGAAUUUUGUAAUUAUUGAGAGGAACUCAAAAUCCGGAAAUGGUCUAGUCCACAGAAACCACUCACAGCUCCAGUCCAAUCCCCCCUCCCUGACCUCUGCAACCUCCCCUGCUCUCCCCAACCUCUGCAUCCUUCCCACUCUCCCCCUCUGCAGCCCUACUCCCCUCCCUGACCUCUGAGCCUGUGAGUAACCUCUCCCUGAAAUUUCCCCACUUUGCUUUGGCUCCCCUGGUUUUGCAACAUCCUCUUGUCUCCAACAUAUUUCUGAGCUGGGACAGACCUAUGGAAGGAACCUCCAUUAUAACUUUUAACUUGUUUCUAUUUUUAAAUUUUGUCAAAUAAAGUGUUAAAAUGAGUACACCUGUAGAAAAUCUGAUCUCUUUGCCACUGGGCCUGGUUGUGGGAAGUCUGGCUGGAGCUCGCAGCCUGCAUCCCUUCUGGCUCUGGUGGUCCUCCUGACUCUCCUGCUGAAGGAAGGGAAGCCACCUGCUCCAAUCAGAAUGGAAGGAAACAGCUGUUCCAUGGAUUCUCCAACAUCUGUCCAACCUGGGUGGUGAUGGUGGGCAGUUGUUGUAAAUGUCCUACUGUUGUCUCUGUUUUAAAUAUUUGAUUUUUAUAAUGUUUGUUGCUAACUUCAAUAAACUUGAGGGUUUCUCUGUUGUGUAGCCCU